CUGGCAUUGAGCUCCGUCGAGAGAAUGGCGAGUAAUCAACAACCACCGUCAAAUCUGCAGACUUACGGUAUACCAAUUUACGCCGUCGACUGGAUUCCGGUAGAAGCUGUCAAAUCUAAAAUCACUAAGGAUCAGGAUGAUGAUGGUGAUCUCUCCUCGUCGUCGUCGUCGUCGUCGUACAUCGUUUUAUCCGGCGGAGGCGGAGAAGGACGAAGUGGAAUCCCUAAUGUUAUCUCAAUCUGUCGUGUUGAUCUCCACACCAAUUCUCUCUCUGAACAACCUAUUGGUAGGCUUGUGGUUGGCACUGAUCUACCUUAUCGUAUGACUCUUCAUCCUCGUCAAGAUGGUCUUAUUUGCGCAUUGCCUAACAGUUGCAGACUGUUUGAUUGGGAAAACAUUAUAGAGGAUGAUAAUGAGGAAGAGUCAGAGAAAGUGAUCAAAGAGUUAAAAGAUGUUGGACAACAGUUGUGUCUCUCGUUUAAUCAUGACGGGUCUGUGCUCGCUACUGGUGGGGAGGAUGGGACUUUGAGGGUUUUUGAAUGGCCAAGCAUGAAAGUAUUACUUAAUGAGUCUCAGGCACAUGCAUCAGUUAAAAGCUUAACUUUUAGUGAAAGUGGUAAGUUUCUUGUAUCUCUUGGAGCUCCACUCUGUCGGGUUUGGGAUUUGAAUGCUUCUAAUGCUAUUGCCAGUUUAUCAAAAGAGAAGGACGAGAUGUUUGCCUCGUGUAAAUUCUUCGUAGACAGUUCAGGCAAUGAAGUUCUUUACGUUGCUGCAAACACUGAACAUGGUGGGAGUAUUAUAACAUGGGAUACAACAUCAUGGAGAAGAAGAAGUUCAAAGCUUAUUAAAAGAAACAACUCUAUAUCUGCCUUUAAUGUCUCAGCUGAUGGGAAGCUUCUUGCAAUAGGAACCCUCGAAGGAGAUGUUUUGAUUAUUGAGUCGACAAAGAUGCAAAUUAACCAAGUCGUCAAGAAAGCUCAUCUCGGUUUAGUUACCGCACUGACUUUCUCCCCUGAUUCAAGGUGCUUAGUGUCGGUAUCUUUUGACUCAAGGGCAAGGCUAACCUUGAUCAAACAAAAGGGUGGAAAACGUAUGUCGAAUACAUCUGUGGUUGGCGGCAUUGUUGUUUGUGUUGAUAUACUUCGUUUUGUAUUAUUUCAUGGUGGCAAUGGGGAUCAUACAUACGUUCCGGGAAACAACAACUUUGUAGACUUCGGGAAGAUGGAAACGAGCGGAUACUCAAUCCUUCUCCACGCCUUCCUGUACUUUGGCCUUGUCACUGUCUUCACCGUCGUUAUCCACUUUCCGGGCACUUAGUUCUACGUAAUCUUUACUUACAAAAACUUUUUCUUCCUAUAUAUGCUUUUACCUUUUGUAUAUCAUCAGUUUUUUACCAUGUUUUCCUUGUUCACGUAACUAUUAUGCUAUUUUAAUGAUAUCAAAACUUGCGAUAUAAACCCCAAAAAAGAAG